AUGUCGAGUGCACCACACAUACAAACUAACGGCCUGUGGGAUGACGAUGUCAUUAUUGCUAAGAGGAUUCUGCGCGAUAAGGUACACAUCCAGACUCGCAUCAGCCAAGGUGCGUUUGGAGAGGUCUCUACCGGUAUGUUCAAUGGCCGAGGAGUAGCUGUGAAGAUGCUGCUUCCUUCCAUGAGGGAAAAUCUUCAACUGGUCAAUCAAUUCUUGGCCCAAGCCAAAAUGACGGCAGCGAUGGACCAUCCCAACGUAAUCACAUUCAUUGGUGUCGCGUGGGACUCGCUAUCCGACGUGUGUGUUGUUCUGGAGUACAUGGACGGAGGAAACUUGCGCAGUCUCCUCAACCAGUAUGAAGAAAAACACCAUCCAGUUGGCUUCAAUCGCCAGAAAGUAACGAUAGCUUUUCAAGUGUGCCAUGCACUCGCAUACCUGCACUCGCUGAUGCCUCCCGUAAUCCAUCGAGAUCUCAAGUCUCGCAACAUUUUGCUGUCACGAUCAAUGGAAGCGAAAUUGACGGACUUCGGGAUCUCCAAAGAGCGUGUCGAUGCUACUCUGACGGCUGGCGUUGGUACAUCAUUGUGGAUGGCUCCCGAGGUGAUGCUGGGGGAAUACUACGAUGACAAAGCGGACAUUUUUCAUUCGGUGUGGUAUUGUCGGAGCUGGAUGUACAUACACUUCCGUAUGCCAAUGCAAAAAAAGGAAACCGUGAUUCUUAUGGUCGAGCAGUUACAGAACACAGCGUUGAUGCAGCAGGUUGCGUCGAAGUGCAAGUGGAAUUCUCAACGACUGGAACUCCUUCUCUUGCACACAGUGCUCUUACAAUAA